GUGCCCUGCAGCUGGGGGGCGGGGUUGGAUAUUCUUGGGGUUAGGGAACAGUCUCCGGACAGGAUGUAAGGGAGGAACUGGGGUCUCCAGUCACGGGAAUCGGCUGGGAUGCAGGCUGGGAGCGAACGUCUCAGGCUCAGGAUGAGGGUCGCCCGACCACGGCCCUGGGGACUCCGUGUGCUGCUGCUUCUCCUGCCUGGGACGCUGGGCGCAGACAGCCAUCUCUCCCUCCUGUACCACCUCACUGCUGUAUCCUCCCCUACCCCGGGGACUCCUGCAUUCUGGGUAUCGGGCUGGCUGGGCCCACAGCAAUACCUGAGCUACAGUAACCUGCGGGCCGAGGCCGAGCCAUGCGGGGCGUGGGUCUGGGAAAACCAGGUGCCCUGGUACUGGGAGAAAGAGACAACUGACCUGAGGAACAAGGAGAAGCUCUUUCUUGAAGCUCUCAAAGUCGUGGGAGGAAAAGAUCCCCUGACCCUGCAGGGUCUCCUGGGCUGUGAGUUGGGACCAGGCAACAUCUCAGUGCCCACGGCCAAGUUUGCCCUGAACGGUGAGGAGUUCAUGACCUUCAAUCCCAAGGCGGGCAACUGGAGUGGGGACUGGCCUGAGGCCGAAGCCAUCGGCAACCUCUGGAAGAAAGAGGCUGAGGUCGUCAACCAAGAGAGGGCCUUCCUGCUCAGCUCCUGUCCUCAGCGGCUGCUGGGCCACCUGGAGUUGGGGCGAGGGAACCUUGAGUGGAAGGAGCCGCCCUCCAUGCGCCUGAAGGCCCGACCAGGCAGCCCCGGCUUCUCCGUCCUCACCUGCAGUGCCUUCUCCUUCUACCCCCCGGAGCUGCAGCUGCGAUUCCUCCGGAAUGGGCUGGCGGCUGGCACCGGGGAGAGCGACCAGGGCCCCAAUGGCGAUGGCUCCUUCCAUGCUUGGUCAUCACUACAAGUCAAAAGUGGCGAUGAACACCACUACUGCUGCGUUGUGCAGCACGCAGGGCUGGCGAAGCCCCUCACGGUGGAGUUGGAAUCGUCAGCCAGGUCCGCAGUACCCGUGGUUGGGAUCGUCAUCGGACUCUUGCUGCUCCUGGCAGCAGCAACGGGAGGAGCGCUGCUGUGGAGGAGGAUUAGGGCAGGACAGCCAGUCCCUUGGAUCGCUCUCGGUGCUGAUGAUGUCGGGGCCCUCCUACCCACUCCUGGCCUCCCCCAGGAGGCUGACUCUCAGGAUAAAAACACGUUGGCAGACACUGCCUGACUAGCCUCCAUUCUGGUUGCCACCAGCUAAUGCUGUGGGGGCCCUUUCAUGCUGUGCGACCUCAGGAUGGAAUCCUGGCAUCUCUGAGCCUCCAGAAGGAGUCUGGGCCUGAUGUCCUCCCUCUGGAUCCUUCUUCCUGCUGCCUGCCUCAGUUUCCUUUCCUGAUACAUACGGCUCUUUUCCACAUCCACAUAUAAUAUGAUUUUGGGCCUGAA